UUACGACGUUGUUUGACUAUAAGUAAUUUAUUAAAAGACUUGUUUUUGCUGGACGACGACAGGGUGAAUAAGACUAACAAGAUUCAGUGGACGCAUUGGUGUUGUAGUCGCCGUUGACUUUAAAAAGACGAUCACAAGAACAUGCUUCUUCGCUUUCUUGGUUGACGAAGUGCCUGCUUGCUUACCUGAAGUUCAUCGUUCUGGCUGAGGUACCUGCCAACAGGGAGAGGGAGUCGAAGCUAGGCCGACAGGACGAGAACGAAGCAGAGGUUCGGGAUGCUUGUUGCUCCUUGUUAAAAGCAUGCGAAUUAUUACCUAGUAACUACAACGAGAACGAUACGCGCCGCGGGCUAGUUACGGUUCGAUUGGGAAGUGAGCAGAAACACUCUGCACUGCGAGAAGGACUAAUCUCAGAACGUGUCACCAAGGUAUCUAUAAGGUCAAUUGGAAAGCACCAGCGGACUAAGACGAAAAGAAGAGCAGGAGUCUUUUCUUGAAGCAAGACGAAAAGUAGAGACGACAACCUCAUUGAUCGAGACGACAACCUCAACAUCAACUUCAAGGACGCCUAGUCAAGCUAUCCUCGAAAAUGGUAGAAGGUGGUGCCAACGGCUGGACAGCGGAUGCUGUUUUUGGGAGCAUGAAAACCAGCGCCCUCACCUACGACGAUAUCAUUUUGAUGCCAGGACAUAUCGAUUUUGGGGUACUUGUGUCUGACAAGCAAGUUGUAUCCUAUUAUCACUCUGAAAUGCCAGGACCUGACUUACGCUGGAAUUGUACAUAUCACUCAGGUAGAAGACGUGGAUAUGUCAACGAAGAUUACACGCAACAUCGAAAUCAAGACGCCUAUGAUUUCCUCGCCUAUGGACACGGUAACGGAGAGCGAGAUGGCCAUAUCAAUGGCACUCUGGGGUGGCAUCGGAAUAAUACACUCCGUUAUGGAUGCGGAAACACAGGUAGAACGCCUUGCGUGUCUGUAGAUGGGUGCUUCGCAAUGGUUAUGAUCAUGGUAACUAAGAGAAGAAUGAGCGUACAGCGUGACCUAAAAAAGAUCAUUGUGGAUCGUGACGAGGACUUGGCACUUUUCAAGUAAAGCCUGACACGUAUUUUUACAACUACUUCAACAGGCUUCGCAGAUAUCAGCAGUGAAACGAUACGAGAACGGAUUCAUCAUGGACCCGAUAUGUCUCGCUCCGCACCAAACAGUGCGGGACUUGGAUAAGAUCAAAGAAAUGCAUGGGUAUUCUUGUUCAUCUUGAAGAAUUUUUGUCUACUGAAUGACGCUGGCGACGUUUUUCAGAGACUGGUGCCAUCGGAGCUCAAGUUUGUUAUCGACAAUAGAUGAAUUAGAACCACUCGAAAACUACAAGUCCUCAUGGUCGGCCCCAAUGAAUAGAUUCAUGAUUCUCUACUAGUAUCGCUACUCUACAGAUACUCAUCAGCGCCAAUAACGGCAACGGGAGAGCUUGGAGGGAAAUUGUUAGGCAUUGUAACCUCUCGCGAUAUCGAUAUGCUGGAUGACAGGAAUACCAGGCUCAAAGAUAUCAUGACGACAACCCUAGUCACCGGAACUGAGCCAAUUAGCUUGCAGGUAGUACAAUGUGCAUUGUGCACUUUUUGAAAAUGGAUUAUCUAGGCUUUUUCGAUUUAUUUCUAGGCUUUUGCGAUUGUGACUUCGCAACUUUCUAGGGGAUCGAUGACAGUACUACUUUGUGUCGGCAUAAAUCGAUGCCUGGUGUUGUAUGAAAAACUGUAACUAUUUUCAUUCAAAAAUCAACUUCACAAACACAAAUUCUCUGCACACCCAGAAAGCGAACGAGAAGUUGCAAGAUAGCAAAGUUGGGAAGUUGCCGAUCAUAAACAAAGAAGGGGACCUUGUCGCAAUUGUCACUCGCACCGACUUGAAUUAUGACAACUUCUUUUGGACUAAGUAGUAUUUCGAGUACUCGUACUACUAGUCUACUACUACGUACUAGCGUGACUAAAUAAUUCUGUAGUUGCUCUGGACGAUUAUUUAGGAGGUCUUUCGUUUUGAAAUCAGGAGUCUUCAAGGAGAAUACAACGUCGUUUCUUCCAUCUCCUGAAAGGUCCCGUCAUUCUUUCCUCAUAAGAUUGGGAGGAUUCCCUUCUAACUCACGACGAACCGUGACUAUCCACUUGCCAGCAAGGAUGCGAACAAGCAAUUGCUUGUGGCCGCGGCUAUUCCUGUGCAUUCACAUGGCGACAACGACGACGCUUAUCAUAGAGCGCAAGCCUGUGUGCAGGUUAUGGGAGGGUCGUGUAAGUGUUCUAUCGACCAUGUAGAGAAGUCAGACCAUGUUUGUUUUUUUUUCAGGGGAAAUCAAGCGUGCCUGUGAUGAAUAGAGUAUGUGCCUGUGUGUGUGGUGCGGAGUGCAUCUCUCUUUGGCUAGCAGAAGUAGUCAUCUCUUCCCAGUUGGUUCUAUUGGCCAACCUCUAAGCAAGCGGGUGCAGAUAUCCUGUGUCUCGACUCCGAUCAGGGUGACUCACAAGGCCAGAUCGAUUUUUUGAAGAAGAUAAAGAAACUCUAUCCAGGCAUCGACUUAAUUGCCGGAAAUGUAGUCAGUUGCAGGCAGGCAAAGGUAGGGAAUCUCUGCUACGACCUCUUCAUACAACUUUCAACACUUCGUUCUUUCAUCUUAGUCCUCUUAGUGAUGAAGCUUUAAUGGUAUAGACUAGAUAUGUUUAAGAAGUAAUCGUCCCAUCAAGUAGAUUCUGCACCUACGACUUUCCUCACCCUGUGACUUUUUCUUCAAUUAUGUAAAUUUCUUCUACGUCUACCAGCCCUCCUCUCUACCCCAUAAUGUUAAUUUGUACAAUACUAGGCGCUUCUCGACGCCGGUGCGGAUGCUCUAAAGGUGGGGAUGGGCGCUGGGUCAUCAGCGAUCACUGGCGACGUAGCAGCAGUUGGCAGACCUCAAGCAACAGCCGUUUACUCCGUCGCAAAAUUAUGAAAGGAAAAAGUGCACUCACACUCAGGAAGUUGGCUAGGAUUGAAGUAAGCACGGAGCUACUUUCUUGAGUGCUGUGAGGGCACUUUUUCCUUUCAUAAAAAUAUGCCCGUGAUCACUACGGGAUACCUGUCCUCGCAGACGGCGGCGUAGGCAACAGUGGACAGAUGAUGAAAUUAUGAAGAGAUCGCUACAACACAAUUCCAACAACCCGUAUUUUUCUAAUUCAAGCCGUAAUAUCCUUAGACGCAUAUAAUUCAUCCUAGGUUCUUCCCUCCAAUCAAUAUCCUUAGACGCAUCUUCAAGAGCUACACACCCACUUUCUAAUACAAGCCUUGUCCUUAGGAGCGUCCGCGGUGGUAUGUGGCAGUUUACUUGCUGGCACAGAGGAGGCGCCGGGCGACUACUUCUACCACAAUGGACUGCGCGUAAAGGCGUUUAGAGGUACUUCUAGAAUUCAUUACAACUGAUGACUAUGAGGAUGAGCAGCUCAGCGGGAUAAUCAAAUUAUAAAGUAGCCAGCUGAUUCAGACUCUCAGCGUCGCUGUGAAGGAAAUUUCGUUUUCCUAUAGGGGCCCCUACAACGAUUUUGACGCAUAUGUAUCCAAUUCUGGAUCAGGUCUUAUGAUUUGAUACUACCAAUAAAUUCUGGAUCAUGUGUUAUGGUAUCUAUCGUUUAUUUAGUCUCCACUACCUGAGACCUCAGGUGUUCGCUCGAAUCCUAGCAAUUCUGGAGGUGGCGGAAGUGGCGCCCAUCUGAGUCCUAGCAUGCGAUUUAGUAAGCAGCAUGCAACACUUCACGGGACAAGAAGAUCAAGCCAAAACGGCCUUGGUGGCGCUUCUGCUGUUAGAACUGGCGUGGCUGGCGCUGUCAUCGACAAGGUAUUAAGAAUUUGAGAAACACUUGCGAAUUUAUAAUGAUAUCAUUCGUCUCUUCGAUCUUGAUUUUCGUUUUUAUGCUUUGUCAUUUACACCACAAUUCAUGAGGUGGUCGACACACUUCUAGAUCCCCUCAAAAAUCAAAAUAACUUCGCAACUGACUAAAAAUAGGGCACCGUGAGUUCGUUGAUACCGUAUUUGCUACAAGGGGUGAGACAUGGAAUGCAGGACUUGGGAGUGAAGACAAUCGGCGACAUGCAUAAAUCUUUGCACAGUGGAGACAUUCGCUUCGAAUGCCGCUCAGCAGCCGCACAAAAGGAGGGUGCCGUUCACGACCUCGCUUCUGUGCCGACUAAAGUUAAGACUGUACUUUAUCACUAUCCCAUCAUGUAGAGUAUGGAUGCUGGGUGGAGUUCCCCUUAUGUUUUAGAUGAAAAACUAAGGGGAAAGCAUGCAGUAUCUCACUCAGCCAAGGAUAGUGAAAGACUAGUGCUAAUCAAGGCGACUCAGGCAGCAAGUCACGCAUCGUAUCGCUGAAUAAUAAAUGGAUGUAGGAGGAGGAUGAACAUGACCAAGCAGUCCUAUAAUUUCGAGCUGCAGCCUUAUUGGCCGCAACUACUAGACAUAAAUAAAAAUAAUACCACUCUCAUCUACGCACUUGUAUAAAAUUGAGUUCUUGAUGGACGACGCGGGUAAAAUGAUCCUGUAGUAAAAUGAUCCUGUACAAUUUCGACGUACAACUACAUGGCCCAGCACCUGAUCUGUGGGUUGGCGUGUGGGUUAUAGUACCCCCAUACUGGUCAUGCCUUCAAUCUUACACAUUGGAUAAGAAAGCAUAAUAAGACUAUGUAAUUUUGAUUCCUCGUUAGACGAGCUCCACCGGAAAUAAUAAGGCUAAGACAAGUCCUCAGGGACUGAUAUUACUUGGAUGAAAUGAAAAUGACUGGGGUUGUUGAAGUUGAUAUUCUCGAAAUCAGAAGGAACGGAGCU